CUACGAUGUGACAGGCGAGGCAUCAUAUGCCUCAAUGGGGCUCAAUUGGGGUCCAAGGAGGACAAUGGUGCCUGAUGACUAUUUCCAAAUUGCAACUCUUGGUAGGUCGGUGUAACGUGGAACAGAACAGCCGUCGAUCUCGGGGAUAUGAGGGGAAUAUGCGUAUGAUGAGGGUAUAUAAAGGGCAAGCAAGUCUGCUCUUUUGAUUCUCAUCAUCCAAACACAUCUCAUACAUUCAACAAUCCAAAAACACGCCUUCAAUACCACAAAACACCACAACCCACCACAAAGCCCCUCACAGCAACCAUGAAGCUCUCAGCCCUCCUCUCCGCUGCUUUAAUCGCAGCGGCCCCGGCUCUCGCCUGUCUCGAGACCACCGGAGCCAUCGACCUAGCCGGCAACGUCCAAAGAAUCACCGCUAUUGAUAACGGCGUCCUGGUCUGUGACAGCGACUGGGGCCACCGGAUUGACAAGGACGGACACAUCUCGUUGACGUGUAAGGCUGGUUAUGUGUAUGCCGUCACUAAGGAUGGGAGAAUGGGGUGGUUCAAGAACCCGACGAAUGCUUUCUCGUUUAAGCAGGCUGUGGGAGGUAGCCACCAGACGUUUUAUUGGAGUGAGAAGAGAUAUGGGUGCAAGUAGUGGUGAGGCGGAGUUGGGAGGAAUGGUUAUAUGGCUGUCGGUCUGGAUUUAUGGCAAGUAUUUGGCCCGUGUGGGUUAUCUGCUUGUUGUGUUGGCUAUGAAGGGCAGAAGAGGAGAGCCCGAUGGGAUGGAUUUAUGAUCGAAAUAGCAUUAAACUUAUAAAACGGAAUAUCAC